AUGGAUUCAAAUUCAAGCAAUCGGUCUCCGAGAGAAGAAGGGGAGCUCGAAGACGGAGAGAUCUGCGAUGAUGACACAGACGAAAAUGUGCUUGUACAGCAGCAGGGUACAACGAGGCCUACUACCAUGAAUAACAGCAACUCCUCACGAAAUACAUGGAAAUCGAAAAAACCGCCACGAACUUUACCACCUAUCAUGGGUAGCCACCCUACAGAUUUUCGACUUUUAAUUCCAUACAACCGCGGACCUCAUUCGCUCAGUUCCGGCUUUACCGCGAACCACAGACAGCAAGGCGGACCAAGUGGACCCGUCCGGUUACCACUGGGGCCUCGCUGUGACCAGAGCCCGCGUUCCAGCUUCUGGGAACGAAGUCACACAGCCCUGGGUCGAUUGAGGCACCAGGGGAAACCAGAUGACGGUCGCGGGGAUUGGGGACAAGGAGGCUGGGGAGACGGAUGUGGGGGAGGGAGAGAGGCUGGUAGGCCUCCCCCUGGUCGUUAUGUGCCCGGGGAGAAUCACAGUAACAAGAAAGAAUCUCCCUCGAGAAACAAACGUAUCCUUUGGCAUUCAUCUCAUGACAUCUAUGUGAUUGUAAAGUGUGUGAUACAAUGUUAAGGUAAAAGCCUAACAAAUGUAACUACACAUUGUAACAUGUCUUUCUGUUUGGCUGGUUGUAGCUACUAGCCUUCAAUAGGCCUUGAUUUCAGUGUAGUCAUAUAGGCCUUCGAUUUCAGUGUAGUCAUAUUGCAUCUGGAUCUGCCAUUUUGUAAUGACAUUUGAUCAUUACACAGCAUUCCCCUCCCUAUCAUCAAGACUCAAUUGAUUUAAUCGCUUUUUGAGUUAAAAACAAAAUACCCAGGGUUAUUAAGCUGGAAAUGGGUUUAGGAUCUAAAUACAUUUAGCUAUUAGGGUCAAAGUCUGUCUGUAGUCAAACUCAUCAGACUCAUUAAUUGUGCCUUUCCUUCACUCCCUGACCUCAGAGAAGGUAAUGAUGGGGAGGAAUCAGGUAAGAAACCAACAGAUGAUGCACAACAACAAUGCUGCCAAAAUCGAGAAUGGUGUUGACGAGAGUUUCGAGGAUCUGCUCACGAAGUACAAGCAGAUUCAGCUGGAGCUGGAAUGUAUUAGAAAAGAAGAAAACCUGGUUCUGAAGCCCAAAGACCUGCCAGCUCAGAACGAGGCUGAGGUCUCUGCAAGUAUUCCCCUAACCGAGCCAUUACCCGACACUAACAGUAUUCCCAAUGAAGCUGCUGCAGGGGACCCACCAGGCCCAGAGAAGACAGAGGAGAAAAGGGGUUUUCAGGCGUUCAACCUCAAACCUCUACGUCAGAAACUCCUCACUCCUGCAGAAAUUGAUGCGCUCAAAAUAAAAACGGAAAACAAAGAUUCAGAGGAGGAGGACAGUGACGUGGAGAGUGAAAAAGGUCCUGUUGAACCAGUUGCUAUCCCGGCUGCUACUCCCAAAGGUGUGUAACAAAGCCACUAUAUAACACAACACUGCAGCAAUGUGGUAACACAAACUAAGGCAACACCGUGAAGCAGAUAAGACUUGACUAUAAUCAAUAAUGUAUUGUUUUAUUAGCCACAGUGUUCAAAAUUCAAAAGGCACUCGCACAUCUGAGCUAUCUUUUUUGCAGGUGCAUGGUAACAGUUGAAUAAGAUGAGAAAAAAGAAGAAACCUGCACACUGCUCUUGAUAGUGUCACUGCUCUUGAUAGUGUCACUGCUCUUGAUAGUGUCACUGCUCUCUUCUGUCUUUUCAGGAGAGGAGGAAAAAGAUGGUGUGAAGAAAGAGGCAGAUGAAAAAGAGGGGGAGAAGGAUGCAAAAGUCUGCUGCAGGGAAUCAUCAGAGGACUCCGCUAAAUCCCCUGUCAAGGUAUGAAUCUGUUAAAAAAUAAUAAUAAUAAGGCAAUAAAGCCUGUUUUUUCUACUUACCCAAAGUCAGGUGACCUCAUGGAUACCAUUUUUAUGUCUCUGUGUGCAGUUUGACGGAAGUUUAUGGUAGUUUCUGAAGCCAUUGCUAACUAGCGUUAGUGCAAUGACUGGAAGUUUAUGGGAUCAGCUAGUUGAUUGUGCUAACACUAGCAGAUCCCGUAUACUUCGUUAUUGCGCUAAAGCUAGUUAGAAAUUCCAGAAACUACCUUCAAACUGCACACAGAGGGAGAAAAAUGGUAUCUGUAGCUAGUUUUCCAUCCAAUUGGCGACAGAUUUUCAUGCGAAUAUUCAAAAAUCCUCACAAAGAAAAUAUGCACAUUUUCCCACCAGUAGUGUGUUUCCACCAAACUGACUUGUUGCGGAUAAAAAUCAGUGCGUGAUGACGUAGUGCACACAAAAUGUACAUUCUCACUAAAGUUUUCAUGUACCGAAUAAAAAUCUAAAGUUCAAUGUGUUUCCAUCGCAUCCAUACAUUUUACCUACAUAAAUCCCACCAUGUCGAACAAACAAAUUAUCUGUCUGCAUUUUUAAAAAAUUACCGAAACUUCCUGUUUCCAUCACAGCUUUCGUGAUUGUUGUUUUUAUAUGGUAUGACUUUACUCGCAUUAAAAACUGAAUGGAAAUGUGAUUAAUGAGUUCAUCUGACUCUGGGUAUGUAGAAAAAAGGCUUAAAAGCCAAAAUCUCAAACUAUCCCCUUAAGGCAUGGCAUCUAGAGUAAGCCAUUCAAGGCACAAAUAUUAACUUGAGGUGUGUGUUUGCAGCUCUUUUGAACGUUUGUCCAGAUGUCCAUUGACACAACGUUUGAGUUGUGUGUGUGUGUGUAUGUCAAGUUAGGAUCCUGGUCAUCCGGCCCUCCCCCUCUGUCUCCCUGCAGCCUGAAGUGAAGGGGAGAAAUGAAGAUGAGGACCUGUCUGAGCUGCAGCUGCGUCUCCUGGCCCUGCAGUCAGCCAGCAGGAAGUGGCAGCAGAAAGAACAGCAAGUGAUGAAGGAGAGCAAGGAUAAGAUCACCAAGGCCAAGCCCUCCCAGGAGAAGACCUCCAGCUCCUCUGCCUCCAGUGCCACACCACCAGAGAGGGGCAGAGUCACCACCAGGUCUGCCUCUGCUGCCUCGGAGAAGGCCAAAGCUCUGGCCAACAAGCCCCAGGAGAAGGCCAAGGCUGGGGUUAAGCCUCCAGCGGAGAAAGGCAAAGCUCCGGUCAAGGGGUAUCAUGGGAGGAAGACAGUCAGCCCAGGUGAGGAGGGCCUUUCUGCUUAUUCAGAUCCGAACUGUCCUCAAUGUUGGCACCAAACGUUCCAUCGCAAUGACAUUCUGGUUUUGGAAAUGUUGGUCACGUCUUGGUUCUUGUGUAUUUUAAUAAUGCAUUGUAGCUCUGUAAAUAUUUAUGUAAUUUAGUGAUGUAUAGUGACUGCCAUGUGCGAUUAAGUAAAGUAAAUAGGUUUUGAUCCCCUAGGCUCGGCCGCCAAGCAGGCAUUCCGAAAGCAGCAGCUAAGGACGUGGAAGCUCCAACAGGAGAGAGACCAGGAGGAGCAGCGGAGACAGGAGGAGGAGGAACGCCGCCGGAGGGAGGAAGAGAUCCGCAAGAUCCGGGACCUGUCCAAUCAGGACGAGCAGUACAACCGCUUCAUGAAGCUGGUGGGCGGGUCCAAGCCGCCGCUGCUGCGCAACCGGAGCAAGGUAAGACUGGCAGGGAGAGAAAGAUCCUGAAAAAAGACCUUGCCCCUACCCCCUAGGCAUUUCAUUUAGGUUAUCUGAUGCCUUCAAUUAUAUGUGAACCUUUUAAAAUUGUAUAGUCUCUGCUUAACAUCUGUUAAUGUGGUAUGUGGGGUUCUUUCUCUUAACUCUAUUGGAAUAGAGCUAUCCUACAUUACUGUCAGUGGCAUGGACAUGCAAAAUGAUUGAAAAAUAGAUAAUCUGAGGGCCUCAGUUGAAAUGUGUCAUUUGUGUAUCAAUCUCAGUCCAAGGACAGCGACCACACCAGGAAGUAUUCUGGUAAACAGGGAUUGGACACAUCAGGGAACCUCUACCAGUAUGACAACUAUGACGAGGUUGCCAUGGAUACUGAUAGUGAGACCAAUUCUCCAGGUGAGCAACCAGCUCACCUGCCAAUGCACUCACUGCACUGUUGAACAUUUCUGAAGGGAUUUUAUAGAACCCCUCCAACAUGGUGAAAUGAUUGUUUAUAGCUAAGGACUUGGCCAUCAAUCCAGGCCUCUUAUUGCAAUGUUUGGCAGUUUUAUUUCUAUGGCUGAAUCUGAUUGUAUAAAAUUCUGUCAUCUUCUCUUUCAGCGUCUUCUCCAGUACAUGAUCCAUUUGAGAUCCCAGGAUGCUUCAGUCACAUGCCCAUGCCUUUCCGUAUGGAAUCCCACACUCAAUGCAGAAUGGUACGUUCCAGCCCAAACUCUAAACAAGGACUGUUCUAUGCAACUCUUAUAGGGGUAACUAACCAGCUUCCUCUUUCUUUCCAGGAUUUGGGACAGCCGCGUUUCCUGUCCGUCAUUCCAUCUGCGCCCCCUCCACCAUUACCCCCAAUGCCCCCACCCCCGGAUGAGCUGGAGCCUCCCCCAAAGCCGCCGUUCGCUGACGAGGAAGAGGAAGAGGAGAUGUUGCUUAGAGAGACCUGCCUCAUGUCUAUGACCAACAAGAAGGUGCCACUGCCCGAGGUACAACACUAUAUGGCUCCAUAGGAGGGCAAAGUGACAUGCCUGUGUUAUCUGUAUUGUGUUAGGAGUAGAGGAGGGUUCCCUUAAGUCAUAGUCAUACUCUGGAAAGUUAAUUCCUCUCAACAGAAGAUGCAUAUUUUUCACUCUUCUGUUAAUUUACAGGUGUUAAACAAUGUUCAAACUUAUCUCAGUACCCUGCUGUAUCAGAUGGGCAACUCAAUCACGAUAUCGUUUUCCUGUUCUACAGCAGAGCAUUGUCUUUGAACAGUGGACUUGGUGAAUGGGGUGGCAGGUACCUUAGUGGUUAAGAGCGUUGUGCCAGUAACCUAAAGGUCGCUGGUUCUAAUCCCCGAGCUGACUAGGUGAAAAACUCUGCGAUGUGCCCUUGAGCAAGGCACUUAACCCUAAUUGCUCCUGUAAGUCGCUCUGGAUAAGAGCGUCUGCUAAAUUACUACAAUGUAAAUGUAAAAUGUGAAUCUGGCUUUAAAAAUGUAUUCCUCCCCCCGUAGGAUAUGACCCUUGACAGCGGCCCCCCCCCUCCCUCCGUCCUGGUCAGUCUGGUCCAACCAGUGCCCAGGAGCAACCCUAGUGUGGUCAGCCUCAACACAGCACCCCAGCCAUGGAGCAACAAGUUCAGCCGUGGGCACCACCUUCCCAGGCUGCCACUGAUGGUAAGGAUAAUACCAUAGGAGGAAAUCAAACCAUUGAGUGAUGGCCACAUAUCUACCCUCCUAGCCAGGCGAAGAAACCAUAGAGAUCCAAAUAGUUCACAUUCCUUAAAACCCACAAAGUCCUGAAGAGCUUUCAUUCUUUCUCACUUUCAACCACAAUUUUACGGAAUAGCGUUCAUUCUGUUCACCUAUAUUCCAAACCGUUUCAAACACUGUCAUGGAAAUAUGCAGAAAAAAUAAGUCAGUGGAUUUGUGACUGAUUCUUCUCUGAAUGGAAAACUGUCUCGUUGUCUUGCAUGUGCUGAAAAACAUGUUUUAAAAUAUGCUCUAUUGAAAAUGUUUAACUUCAAAGUCAUAUUUUCCAAAAAUGACAUAUGCUACUUUUUUUCCAGCUGAACUGUGUAAAACAGGGAUUUGGAGGCCACGGGUAUCUUUGCGCUAUGUAACUACAUGUAGUGUCGUCUUAUAAGAACAAUGACUUGGCUGCCAUAGGCAACAUUACAUUACAGCAGCACAUGUGUGCCCAAUGACACCCGGCCUCAGCUAUGUUCCCAGAGCGCUCUGUGGUUUGUCACCCUUGAACAAUAAGCUCAUCUUAGACUGCAUCCCAGGGCCCGUAUUCACAAAGCAUCCCAGAGUAGGAGGGCUGAUAUAGGAUACAUUUGGCCUUUCAGAUCAGAAUGAAUAAGACAGAGGUGACCUUGGCACUCCUAUUUUGAGAUUAAUUGAUUUUGAGUUGUGAAGUCAGUGGCCAUUCAUCACAAUGGCCAAUUCAAAUCAUACGUUUUAUUGUUCCCCCAGCUCCCACGGCACAAGGCUGUGGUGGUACAACUGAACGGUUCAGACGACAGUGACUCAGACAUGGAGGCCUGCAGCAGUUCUACACAGACACAGUCUGUCUUUGGAGGCCUGGAGUUCAUGAUUAAGGAGGCACGCAGGAAUGCAGAGGUACGUACGUGUGUGUGUGUGGUCCAACAGUUUGGCCUCUGAGGACAUCUUCUCAAUUUAUAUACGAAUGGCAGAAUCUUCAUUUGAGAUGCGCGCAAGUGUGCUAAUUGUAUGUGGUUGAAGGGUGACAGGCUGUAAUGCUCUUUCUCUCAACUUCCAGGCAGCGAAACCCAAACCGACCACAGGACCUGAGAAGGAGAACAACCCAGUCAGAACCCCAGAGGCUCUAUCUGACGAGAAGAAGGAGGAGUAUCAGCUGCUCAAAGAAGAAAUAGCCAGGUAUAGUUUUCAGAGGAUUGUCUGACAAAGUGAUAUGUAGUUUUUCCACCCAGGCAUUGUCUAUGGAUAUAACAUUCAUUAACGAUUCAUUAACCAGCAGUGCAAUAUUAAUGGCACCAAAGUGAGGGAGGAUAUUUCUUUAAAAUGUCACUGAUGGAACAGAAUGGACUAUACUCACUGAAAUCUAAAAAUGUCUUACUGUUUUAUUUGUUGUCUGACUGCAGUAGGGAGAAGCAGAAGAUUCUGAAGGACCACAGUCCCCGAGGAGUGCCCUCUCCUGCAGGCUCUGAUCCCGAUGUGGACUUCGCUGCCAAGGCAGCGGUCGAGCUACAGCUGACCGAGGCAGAGACCAGGUUGACCAAACACGGGUCAGUGCCUCAAACACCAGAAGAAAAAAACACCUUGACGAAGGCUGAUGCCCAAACACAUUGGUCUUUUCAGUAAUUGUCUCACAUUAGGGAAUUACUUGGACUUAUGGUUUUCCAUCUCUCUCUACCCCUCCUCCUCUCAGAAACCUGCUCCUGAAGGACGAGGCCAUCCUGAGGCAGCUCUUACAGCAGGAGCAGAAGAAGGAGGAGGCUUUGAAGGCAGCGGAGGCCAAAGUGGCCAAGCUCAAAGAACAGCUCCUGGCCUCAGAGAAGAUAGUCAGCGCCAACAAGACCCUCCUCAACAGACUCCAGGAACAGGUGGGUGUUAGAGUCAGGAAGGAACCCAGGGGGAAUGACAUUAAAUGGGAAUGAGCUGUGAAGUGUGAAGUAAAUUCCUAGCUGAGGUAUUUGUGUCUGGGUGGGCAUGUUGAGAGCAAUGAGUCAGAUGGCUGAGGGUUUUAGUCAGUGGAAGCUGAAUGAUGGAAUAGGAGAUGUUUCUACUGGGAAUGUUGGGAAAAUGCCAAGCUAAAGUAAUGUCUGUAAAGGACACGACACAUUUAAUUCAGUUCUCCUUUCCGUUGCCCUUGGAAGUGUAUAUAGCAGGUGUGGUCAUACCAACCCUCCUCCUUGGAGAGAUACUGGGGGUGUGCUGGUUUUCACUCAACACACCUGAUUACCAACCCUCCUCCUUGGAGAGAUACUGGGGGUGUGCUGGUUUUCACUCAACACACCUGAUUACCAACCCUCCUCCUUGGAGAGAUACUGGGGGUGUGCUGGUUUUCACUCAACACACCUGAUUACCAACCCUCCUCCUUGGAGAGAUACUGGGGGUGUGCUGGUUUUCACUCAACACACCUGAUUACCAACCCUCCUCCUUGGAGAGAUACUGGGGGUGUGCUGCUUUUCACUCAACACACCUGAUUACCAACCCUCCUCCUUGGAGAGAUACUGGGGGUGUGCUGCUUUUCACUCAACACACCUGAUUACCAACCCUCCUCCUUGGAGAGAUACUGGGGGUGUGCUGCUUUUCACUCAACACACCUGAUUACCAACCCUCCUCCUUGGAGAGAUACUGGGGGUGUGCUGCUUUUCACUCAACACACCUGAUUACCAACCCUCCUCCUUGGAGAGAUACUGGGGGUGUGCUGCUUUUCACUCAACACACCUGAUUACCAACCCUCCUCCUUGGAGAGAUACUGGGGGUGUGCUGCUUUUCACUCAACACACCUGAUUACCAACCCUCCUCCUUGGAGAGAUACUGGGGGUGUGCUGGUUUUCACUCAACACACCUGAUUACCAACCCUCCUCCUUGGAGAGAUACUGGGGGUGUGCUGGUUUUCACUCAACACACCUGAUUACCAACCCUCCUCCUUGGAGAGAUACUGGGGUGGUGCUGGUUUUCACUCAACACACCUGAUUACCAACCCUCCUCCUUGGAGAGAUACUGGGGGUGUGCUGGUUUUCACUCAACACACCUGAUUACCAACCCUCCUCCUUGGAGAGAUACUGGGGGUGUGCUGGUUUUCACUCAACACACCUGAUUCAGCUAAUCAAGGUUCUGAUGAGAUAUAACAAAUAAAAUAUACUGUAUAUAUUAUUGCAGUUAUCAUACUUGUCAUUAGGUUGUGUUAUGUAUCAGCUUUCAUAUGUCAUUUGUUACCACCCUUUAACGUCUGUCAUGUAUGUUCCCACCCCGUAGGUUAAUCGUGUUCAGCACCGCGUCUCAGUGAAGAAGAACAACGGCCUGAAGUUGGAGGAGGAGCUGGUCCAAGCCCAGGCUGCGGCAGGCAGAAGGCCAGGGGGUCAGAAACGACGCACUGACGUCAGCCACCCCUCGGUGAGCACCAUACCACACCUUACCGACCCACACUAUACCAUGACGGAGCCCUUACUUGUUGAUAAAACAUAGACGUGUUCAACAAGGACAUGUCCAGUAGGGCACAUCAUAAAUUGUUUUGAAGCGGAAAAUUAUUGUUAUUGGACUUAUUCAUGUAACACCACCUCUGUUUCAAAAUGUAUUUUCCCAUUUCCUUUCUACUAAACACGAACCAGCCAUAAGUAAAGGCCAGAGUUCUCUAAACCCUUUCUCUGCUCACCCUCCGCUCCUCAGCCUGUGAAGCGUCUGUGUGUAGAAGUCUCUGUGGCCCCCCGCGGCUCAGAAAGGCACUUCGCCGACCUCCUGGCCCAGAAGCGGCGUCUGCAGCAGCUGGAGUCAGAAUACGCCCUCAAGAUCCAGAAACUCAAGGAGUCCCAGGCCCUCCACAACAGAGGGGCUGUCCCUGAACCCCCUCCACCCCAGGCCACCUCCACCCCUCUCCCCAAGGCUCGCCAGCCCAGCGGUCCCCCCACCAGCCCCUUCCCCCUGCCCCAGCCCUCCCUGCACGACCUCACCCAGGAUAAACUCACCCUGGUCAGCAGCGACGACCCCACAGAGACAGAGGAGAGCGACCUGGAACCUGCCGCUACAGCCACGCCCUCGGCCCGGAGUGUUCGUAGACGCUCCUUCAGAGAGACCGGCUCCUUCACCAAGCCUAAGCUGGACCCUGGUGGGGCUGGGCUGGUCAAGGAUAGUCCAGCCAAGCCUGUUACGGUUAAGGCCUCUGGGCCCGGGGAGCUUUUCCUGGGGCUAGAUGUGGAGGCCCUGCGGAGGAGGGACCAGCAGCAGGCCAGGCUGGGAGAGCUGCUGCUGGGGGAACUACUGGCGCUAGGGGGCACUGUGGAGAAACCCCCUUCUGGGAAGGUAAACCAUAAUAAUAAUAAUAAUAAUAAUAAUAAUAAUAAUAAUAAUAAUAAUAAUAAUAAUAAUAAUAUAUAACUUUAACUGGACCCGCUAAUGCUGAAUUCAAAUUUCCUUUGGUUGUGGUUUUAAAAAAUGCUGCCUUGAAACAGUUUUUCUUCUUACUACUUAUUUGGUUGAUAUGUGCAGUUUCUGGACUAGCAUACAACACAAAUGUUUUUCAUUUAUUCUCCAUGGUUGAGAGACUGAAAUGUUUGUGUUCAUUACUUUAAUGUGCAGGUGAUAUCGGUGGAUGUGGACACCAUGGCUGGCCAAUCAGGCCGUGUCGAGCUGAAGCCUGUCCCCUUUGGACCAUAUCGCAGCCCUCUCCUGGUCUUCAAGUCUUAUAGGUAGGUGGCUAGUUCACUACUAGGGUAGCUCCCAAUUACUCGUGCCAAGAAAAACAAUAUCUUGCCAUCAAUCAAACCUCAUCUUCUUUUGCCUUCAGGUUCAGUCCAUACUUUCGGACCAAGGAGAAGUUAUCACUCAGUUCUGUGUCUUACAGCAACGUUGUAGCGCCCAAAAAAUGUUUCUGUCGCUUCGACCUCACGGGCACAUGCAAUGACGAUGACUGCCAGUGGUAAGUCAGUCCUCUUAGUGUGUGUGUGUGUAAACAUGCAUGUGAAUCUAGACUCAUGUCUGUUUCAUUAUAACAAACCCACCUCCCUCCUCUGGGUGAUCUGGUCUGUGUUUUAGGCAGCACAUGAGAAACUGCACUUUUGGUGGAAACCAGCUGUUCCAGGAUAUCCUGUCGUACAACCUGGCCCUGAUUGGCUGCUCCGAGAGCAGUACUACUGAUGACAUCAAUGUUGCCACAGGUAAUAGAACCACACUGCCAUCUGGCAAUAUUGAAAUACCAUUGAGCUUAGAAUGUAUGUAUUGGUGAUUGAUAGUGCACGUUUUGGAAUCUAUUCCAUGAUAAAUGCAUGUUUAAGGCUUUUACUGACAAUGGUUGAUUGGUUGUCCUAUUUUCAGAGAAGUACAUCAAACAGCUGUUUGGGGCUAACAAGGAUCGCAUGGGGAUGGACCAGAAGGCUGUUCUACUCGUCAGCAAAGUGAAUGAAAGCAAAAGACAUGGUGAGAUGUCCAUACCAUUCUUACUCUAGCAGUUAGGGUUGAACACUGUAUUGAGCAGUUAAUGUACUCUUUUAGAAAAUGUUCAAGAAUAGAACCCUUCUGACGUGUCUAACUUGUGUUUUGUCUAGUCCCUCCCUUCACCACGUGUAAGGAUCUCAGGAGAUGGAGGCCUCAGCCCGCUCACCAGGCUAGCCCAAACACAGGGGACGACAGCUGGGAUGAGAGUAGAGACACUGGUCCAGUCAAAUACGGUGAGAACUGGUUAGUCAGUUGGCUCAUCUCCCAGCAACAAACCAGUCUUCAAAGCAUAAUUACAACUGAUCUGAAGCGCAGUGUAAAUAAUGGAAGCAGCACUAACACAGCGAUAGCUUCUCUUCAGUUGUGCAGAACACAACUGUUGUUGUUUGUUUUUCUCCUGGAGAUCUGACCUUAAACCUCUGCUGUUUGUCUGUUUCCUUCCUUGUCACAGACGGUUGUUCCAAGAUAAGUUUUUCUGCUUCCCUGGAUGUGUGUGGGACCCCAGACGACAAGCGUUACUUCAUUAGUGAGACUGACGACAUAUCUAACCUGGAGACCAGUGUCCUAGAGAGCCCCCACAACGCACAGCUCUGGAUCAAACUGGCAUUCAAAUAUCUCGGCCAGAAAGAAACGUAAGUGGAUUCCCCUCAAAUACAGACCCUCCGGUGUGUUAAGUUGGUCACUGAGUGUAUUUUUAACCUUAAGGGAUUGAAUCCUGGUUUAGGCUAAAUGGAAAAUGCAAAUGUGUGAUAUGCAAUAAAUUGUGUUAUGUUGCUUCCUUGUAGGUCAGCGGCUGAGUGCCUGGACGCUGCGUUGAACACUCUGUCUCGGGCCCUGGAAGACAACCGGGACAACCCAGAGAUCUGGUGCCAUUACCUGUCUCUGUUCUCCCGCCGAGGGAAGAGGGAUGAGGUGCAGGAGAUGUGUGAGAUGGCUGUGGAGCACGCCUCCGACUACCAAGUCUGGUGGAGUGUAAGUUCUCAUGUCCAACCAACCCUCUGACAACCUACUGUGGGCCAUUUCCUCUACAGGGCUUUGUGUGUCCACCUCUGAGGCCUGGCUGUAGGGUGCAUAAUUCAGGACCUUCGGUUCCGCAGUCCUGAUGGUUUUUAUUUCCCUUGGACACUUGACGUUAUUGAUUGGCUGAAGACUACCACACACCUGGUGUCCCAGGUGGAAAUCAGUCCCUAGUUAAAUAGCACAGAGGAAUAUCAGCAGGACUAGAUGUAACUGCUGUCUUUUUUCCUUCCCUAGUACCUAACCAUGGAGAGCUCGUUUGAGGGGAAGGACUAUGUGUGUGGUCGUCUGCUGCAGUACCUGCUGGACUGUGCUGGGACUAGUGGUCUCUCUGAGAGGCUGUCCUUCCAGCUAUUGGAGUCUCUACUCUACAGGGUCCAGCUCAGCGUGUUCACAGGCCGGCUACAGAACGCCCUGGCCAUCCUACAGGUAAGAGACUGCAAAAAAGACAACCUCGAGUGCAGCCAAUAUAGCUGCACACAUCAAUAUUCGGGUCCAAGCCAUAUGACACCUUAUUGCUACAAUCAGGCCAAACUGACUCAUAACUCUUGGAUUAGCUACUGCUAUACAAAAUGCACAAGGUUCCCAAGAUGCUCAAGGGCGAACGAUAACCUGUUCAUUUCAGAAUUCCUUGAAGUCAGUCACUGAGCGGUGCAUUGCUGAUUACCUGACCAUAAGUGACCGCUGCCUGGUCUGGCUAUCCUUCAUCCACCUGAUGGAGUUUGACCGCCUGCCGGCCAGCCUGUACGACCCAGCUAACUCCAAUCCCUCCCGAGUGGUCAGCAUCGAGGCCUUUGACCUCCCCUGGAGAACACCGCUCGAUGUCCGCACAGAGCCUGACACACUAAUCGCUGUGUUCGAAGGUGAGCCGGGCUUCAACGACACGGGGUUCAACGACACGGGGUUCAACGACACGGGGUUCAACGACACGGGGUUCAACGACACGGGGUUCAACGACACGGGGUUCAACGACACGGGGUUCAACGACACGGGGUUCAACAACACCCACAUAGAAACUGUCCAUGCUUUUUCCAGGUCUCCUACUUAGCUUUUUCAAACAAUUUUAAAUGUUUACUUUUUCCACAAGUUGCUCAUGGUAAUUGUAGUUUAUUUAGACACAUAAAACCAUUAUGCUUCCAGUUAUACUAUUUCCACUCAGUCACUAGUCUUCAGUUUUUCUGAAGUCGACAGCUGAGAGAGAGGGCCAUUGAUUUCAUACUGGUUUGUUCAAACCUACAGAUGCACUGCGUCAGUGCACAGACCAGACUCUGCCUCCCAGUGAAAGAACCCUGGCCUGUUUGCCUCUACACACUAACCUCAUCACUGCCUAUAGCCUGCUGGGAAGGUAAGCGCAACGCUGGCAUUCUGCUAGCUAGGUGUGUGUGUGUGUGUGUGUGUGUGGAACCCAAUAAAAUCAGGUUUGUGUGUUUGGACAAGCAAGGUAUUAACCCUUUACACUCGUACCCGUAUACAGGUUGAUUUGGGCACUAACAAGCAUAGUAACAUGCUGUAAAUUGACGUCAGAGCUCUGGUUCUCUUCACAGCGCUGUAUGGGUUUUGACUGACAGCCGUUCUGAACUUUUGUUGUCUGAGUGAGUGAAAUGCUGUAAAUUUAAGAGGACUCAAUGUAUUUUGGAAGAUGAGAUGUUGAGGAUUAUAAUAAAUACCGCUUUGUUGUCAUACAAGCAAGCCAAACACCCACGUGUCCAAAUGUACACUUCACAUUUCCAAACCAUAUACAGUGUCAACGUUUAUGAUCACUCUGUUUGAUGUACCGUUACAAGAUGACAUGGCGUCAUUCCCUGGGUUGUUCUGAACAGAAUGAGCCUAUGUUUGUUUAUUGGGAAGAAAAUUUGCCGCGUAAAUUUGCCGCGUAACAAACACCUGAAUUAACUCAGGACACAAAUUACGAUCUGUUUCUCUGAAUUGCCUGAAUUCUCUGAAUUGCCUUGUGAAAGCCUAACACUGCAAGAUCGUAUUUUAUUAUUUAUAACUCAUAUUGGCAAUAAAACAAGCUUUGAAACCAUGCCCACCUGACCCAGAUUGCAAUUUAUAAUGGAACGUUUUUGGAUUGCAUAAACAACGCCAGUAAUUGUGUGAUGGCAGAGGGAUGCAGGGUUGUAUUCGAAAACAAAACAACUAUAAAUGUGCUUGCUCUAGUUCCUCAAUGGCACAGCUAGGCGUGCUUAUAAAAGCACUUUAUCAUUUAAUGACUCUUUUAGUCCUAAAAGUGCGUUGAAAUUGCUUAGGAACUGUGCACACUUCGGAGAGGUGUGGUGGCCACUUGAAGACACCAGUUAGUCCUCUCACUCAAACCCUUGUCAUUAUUUGGGGUCUUAUGUUGCACCUACCCCACAUUUUCCAGGAAUAUUCGUAUGUUACUGAAUGUAUCCAGAGUAUUUUCAGAUUUUCUUAUCAACAAAUGUGGCAUAAAGUACAUGCUUUUAAAAUGCACAUAAAAUCAAGUAUUAUGUUUGGAUUCAGUCUUGUCAGGCAAACUGUUGUGUACUCACCUGUUGGUCUAAUCAUUUCCCCAAUAUCUCCAAACUGUUCCCUUUCAAUUGCUACCAUGGUUAUGCAUAUGCUUUUCAUAUUUUUUCUAUAUGAAACAUUUCAAUUUACCCCUAUCGGCAAAUUACAACGAGUGUAAAAGGUUAAUGUGUGUGCGUUUGUGGUUGGGUGGGUGUGUCAUUAAACUCUACUAAUAUCUACUGCUAGUCUUAACAUAAAAAUGACUUGCAUCCCGUAGGUACGAUGCAGGCCUUGAGCUGUGCGAGUCCCUGUUGGCGCUGUGCCCGCACUCCUGUGCCCUGUUAGAUGCCCUGUCAGGCCUGUAUGUGGGGAAGGGGGAUGUUGAGCAGGGUGUUGGGGUGUGGCUACGGGCACUUUCCCAGUGUCCACACAAUGCAGAGGUCUUCUACCACACCUGCAAGUUCCUCAUGGCUCAGGUCAGUCUCUCUCUCAGUGGGCUGUGUGGAGCUCCUGUUCAAUUCAAUACAACUUUAUGUAUCCAGCCCCUUCAAUUAAGAAAGGCAUUGUCAAUUUACAUUUUAACAGUCAUUCUGUGUCUUUUCAACUAAGAUUUCUGACAGGAUUCACAGAAGGAUUUUUUUAAUGACAAGAACAUUUACCAAAACACUAUUUAAGAGCUGAUUCCUUUCCAUUUUUCGCUCGAGUGUCUUUCAAGUUGCUUGUACACAGUUUCUAGCCUGAUCUAGCUAGCCUGUAUCAUAUCUCUGAACAGGAGAAGUCCAGUUGCAUCGCUCCUCUGUUCCGAGGGUUCGUCCUGUCUUUCUGUGACGAGGAUAGAAGUGACCAGCAACCUGUGGAUGUGCUACGGUUGGUCAUUUUCUCCUAGAACUUAAGCAGAAAUGAAUGUCCUAACUCCUAAAACGUCAAAAACAACCUGACUUUUUAUAAACCAAGUUGCUUCCUUUCUACAGUGGUAUACAGUUCAAUGUUCCAUGAAUUAAUGUGAUCUCCAUUUAUUUUCAAGGUACAUCCUUUGUAUUCCAACAGAGGACAUCCUAAGAGGCCCAGUUAUCAAAAAACAACUUAAAGAGCAGCUUAGCCACCAGAUGCCUUACCUAAACCUCGUUCAUUGGUAAGUAUUGUGAUGUGAUAUGCCGGCUGACACAAGCACAGUUCUUAUUCUUAUAUGGCAGUUCAAUGCACCGUCGUUAACGUUUAUCGGUAACAGUUUACAAUAAGGUUACCUUUAUAAAAGGCUUAUAAUUAGGUUAUUAAAAAUGUAUAAAUACAAGACGACAUGACGACAGUUGGGCUUCCUGAUCAUAACAAUAAUUUCAUACAGUCAGGCGAUAUUUAAUUUUGUGGUGUCUUGUUUUGCAGUCUGUGGCAGUGGGUGCACAGUAAUGUAGGGGAGGUGAUUGAUGCCUUCGAGAGAGCCCUGGGAGCCAUAAUGCAGCUGGAUGUUCUUCACAAACUGUGGAUGGAGUGAGUCAAGUCUUACAACAACUUGUCAGCAUUUGUCCGUUGCAAUUGCAUUCAGCCUUUCACCCACCAUUGCCAUCCAUAAGGGUAGUAAGAUCAUCCCAUGCGGUGAAGGGGACACCUCUGAAGAGGGUCAAGCCAUAACAAGCCAGAUCUGAAGAUCCUUAUAGCAGUGAUAACAGACAUACGUAAAAUAAAAGGGCCUCGGGAGUACAGGCCUUAAAUCAGGAUGAGGUUGAAUCUAAUCAGACCACAGUGGUUGGUUAUCAGCUAGCCUCUGAGAGGGGCUGCCAUAGGAAUAUCAUGUCCACACAGCCAGGUGGGGGAGGGCCCAGAGACCUAACCUGACUAACGGUCUAACUGUUCUGUCUCCAGUUAUCUCCUCUUUACCAGCAGUAAGCUAGCUGGGAGCCCUUCCAACAGCAGAGCGCUCCGGAUGUUAUCAGAUCUGGUUCAGCGUUGCCUAGUAACUGUCCCGUCCAGGCUGGAGGUUCGGUUCAGCUCGGCCCAGUACUGGAACUGCUUCAGAUUUCACAACAAGGUAGGUAACUGGGUUGUGUUCAGCAGGGAAUAACAUUGUGAACGUUCUGAUAGAAAUGUAAAAAAUAAUAUUUUCCCUUGAAUCCAGGUGAACGCUAUGAUCCCUUAUUGAUGUCACUUGUUAAAGCCACUUCAGUCUAUGUAGAUAAAGGGGAGGAGACAGGUUAAAUCAUGAUUUUUAAGCCUUGAGACAAUUGAGAAAUGGAUUGUGUGUGUGUGUGUGUGUGUGUGUGUGCAAUUCACAGAGUGAAUGGGCAAGACAAAUGAUUUAAGUGCCUUUGAACGAGGUAUGGUAGUAGGUGCCAGGCGCACCGGUUUGUGUGUGUCAAGAACUGCAACACUGCUGGGUUUUUCACGCGCAACAGUUUCCCGUGUGUAUCAAGAAUGGUCCACCACCCAAAGGACGUCCAGCCAACUUAACACAACUGUGGGAAGCAUUGGAGUCAACAUGGGACAGCAUCCCUGUGGAACGCUUUUAACACCUUGUAGUCCAUGCCCCGACGAAUUGAGGCUGUUCUGAGUGCUAAAGGGGGUGCAACUGAAUAUUAGAAAGGUGUUCCUAAUGUUUUGUAUACUCAGUGUAUAAUGUAGAACAAACAUGCCUCUGAAAUGUAGAAUAAGCAAUCAUGUCAGCUCAUUUCAAUCCGGAAAGUUUUCUAACCUUUGUCUUCCCCGUACCUGUGACCUCGGGAGUCCAUAACCGCAUGCCAUGGACCAGAUCACAGAAAUUAGUGGAGGCUGGUGGGAGGAGCUAUAGGAGGAUGUGCUCAUUGUAAUGACUAGAAUGGAAUUACAUUUUAGUCAUUUAGCAGACGCUCUUAUCCAGAGCGACUAACAGUUAGUGAGUGCCUACAUUAUUUUUUCGAAUUUUUCAUACUGGCCCCCCGUGGGAAUCGAACCCACAACCCUGGCGUUGCAAACGCCAUGUUCUACCAACUGAGCUACAUCCCUGCCGGCCACUCCCUACCCUGGACGACGCUGGGCCAAUUGUGUGCCGCCCCAUGGGUCUCCCGGUCGCGGCCGACUACGACAGAGCCUGGAUUUGAACCAGGCCUUAGACCACUGCGCCACUCGGGAGACUAUUAAUGGAUGGUAUCAAACAUAUGGAAACUACAUCCGUUCCAUUGAUUUCAUUCCAGCCAUUACAAUGUGCAUGUUCUCCUAUAGCUCCUCCCACCAGCUUCCACUGCCAGAAAUCCACCUAACCCCUCAGAUUCUGUUUGUCAGGAAUUGACUCCUUGAAUUGAUAGCAUUUAACUUUCAUCGGUUUGUGACAUUGUUUGCGUCCCUAACUUAAACGUUUUCAUAUUUGCAAACCUCUGGACUUGUGCUCGGCAGGUUGUCUCCCACUACCUGAGCUGUCUGCCCCAUACCCAGCACCCCCAUGUCCUGGAGAGAUUACGAUACACCAUGCCCACCAACGCUGAACUUGCCCUGAGGUACCCAAAGCACCCGAUACACACAGCAGACAAACUAUGAGCCAAUUGUAGCUAACUAUUUAUGCUUGCUUAGACAUGGACUGAGGGUUUUAGAAGUGGAAAUAUAUUCCCGUUGGAAUUAUGUUUUGGCGACUUGUUAUUGUUAAAGUUUAGACUGCUGGGUAUAUUAGUCGUUGUAUGGUUACGUCUGCAGUUGUCUGUUUGUGGAAUAUGUUAUUGUCUAGGUUCUAGUGUUAUGGCUGGGUCUAAUAUUUAUUGUCUAGGGCCUGUAAUGUGCAGACGGUUAGGUUUGAUUUGUUGUUGUAUAGGUUGCUACAUCAAGAAUGGCAGGAUGGAAACAUAGAACAUCUGAAAUUCCAGGCCAGAAUGUUGAGCAGUAGCGUUCCAAACUGUCUGGCCAACUGGAAAAUGUAAGUCCAACUCUCUCCUCUUCGCUGAACAGCACUUGUGCUGCUGGUAUGGCAACAAGGUGAAUAUUUUUUCUAGAUGGAUUCUCACUGUUCUAAUGCACUUCUCAAAUGGCCUUUUUCACAUACAAAAUGCAGCUUCUGUCCAACUUCAAUCGCAGCUUUGAAAAGCUGCUGCACAGGCACUUGAAUAGCAGGAAUUGCCUGCUAUUCAAGUGCUGACAGACUUUUGUGCUGUGUGUUUUUCGGCAGAGUGAUCGCUGUGGAGAGGGAACUAAAGGAGCGCUCCGAGGUGAGUUAGUAGGGGUGGGUGGGUGGGUGGGUGGGUGGGUGGGUGGGCGGGCGGGCGGGCGGGCGGGCGGGCGGGGGGAAUGAAAGACAAAUAAGUAGGGGCAGUGAGAGAUGAGUAAAAGACUGGUAAAGGAGUGGAUGGAUGAAGGUAAUAGUUUAGGGAGAGGGAUAUUAACAUGGAGGGAGAUAUGACUGGAAGUUAGCAGGGGGUGGUUUGGAUAUACGGUAUAUGAUGCAUGUUGCUCUGUUAACCUGUUGCUGAUUCUGUGUUGCUGUCACAACCUCUUGUGUGUCGGUGUUCCACUUUGCAUAUUUACCUUGACCCAGCUGUCCCAUAAUCUUCCCUUCAUUUUGUUGUAAUCUAUUUCUUCCCUACAGGCUAUUAUCAGUGUUCCCACAAUGUAAUGUAUGACAGUUAAAAGGCUUACAUCUGACCACGGUGACAAAAUGGAAUGGUUGGAUGUUGUUGCUUGGUAACGGUUUGGUGUAUUAGAGAGUAAAAACUGUACUAGUCACUAAAACCACUGACCUUAUUCCAUGCUCUUUCUCCUGUUUUGUCCUUGUCCUCCGCUAAACUGACAUGUGGCGCCCGCGUUUGGUGUUUUUGUUUGUUGUAGGUCCGGCUUCUUUAUCAGCAAGCCCUGCAAAACCUUCCACUGUGUGCCACCCUAUGGAAAGAUGUAAUUUCCCCCGCCGAUACUAUCUCUAUAACACACACACCUCAACAGAAAAACGUUAAGACUUUUUUGUUCCACCUGGCAGAUAAUGCACGCACGUUCACCUACCCCCCUUCCCUUUUCCUCUCCUCUGUCCCUUUCCAGCGCCUGCUGUUUGAAGCUGCGGAGGGAGGUAAAACUGAUAAACUGAGGAAACUUGUUGACAAGUGUCAAGAGGUGGGAGUGAGUCUAAGUGAGCCCCUAAAUUUAGGCUUGAGCAAAACGGAGGGAGAGGAGCACUGGGGAUCAACCCCCCUCCCCAAAAAACGAGAUUCAAUCUAA